AGUUUAGUGUCUCGAAAGAUGGGAAGAACCAACGCCUCUGAAGCUCAACGUAAGCGUCUUGACGCAGCGAAGAGGCAGGCCAAGCAUGGUGCUAAAGGAGGAGAGUCUCAGUUGAAGAAUAUUGCUGCUUCGCAAACGCUUAUGUGCAGUAUCUGCAGACAGACGUUUAUGUGCACGCAAAAGAAGCUCCUUCCCGCUCACGCUGAGAGUAAGCAUCCUAAGCAAAGCUUUGCCGAGUGUUUCCCUGGCGUCACUGUAUAGAAGGUUUACUCCUAGACUUAACCCCAGAUGGUCGAACUAUAAGUUCCUGCACACAGUGCAAUGCUC